GUAAAGAUGAGAGGAGUUGAGGGGUUAAGUUCUCUUCAGGAAUUAGAUGAGUUCCACGUGAGUGGUAGUGGUGAAGUGUCUAAUAUUGGGGAUUUGAGAAACUUGAACCACCUUCAAGGAUCUCUUAGGAUAAGAUGGUUGAGAGAUGUGAAAGAUCCUGAUGAGGUUAAGAAAGCAGAACUUAAGAGCAAGAAACACCUCACUGGGUUAGGUUUACGGUUUGAAUGGAGGACAGAUAGGAGGAUCAUUCGCGAUGAUGAAGUCCUUGAAGCCUUAGAACCCCCUCCAAACUUAGAAUCUUUGGACAUACAUGCUUACCAGGGAAUCAUCCCAGUGCUUCCUAGUUGGAUUAAUAAACUAAGGGUUGUCAGACUGAAGGAUUGGGACAUGAUUGAGAAUCUGCCUCCUUUGGGGAAGUUGCCAUCUCUUGAAGAUUUAUCCGUACACGGGAUGGGACGCGUGCGGAGGGUGGGGCGUGAAUUCUUGGGAUUGGGAGUUGAUGGGGAGGAUGGUGAGGAUAGUGACAUUAGUAUUGGAGAAAUGACAUCAUCAUCAUCGUCAAGUACUGUUAUUGCGUUCCCCAAGUUGAAAAGUCUUUUGUUUGGGGGUAUGGGAGAGUGGGAAGAGUGGGAAGGAGGACAAGGAGGAAAUGAAGAUAAAACAAACAUCUUCAAUUCAAUCAUAAUGCCAUCUCUUCGUUCCUUGAAAAUUGUGGGCUGCCCAAAACUGAAAGCACUUCCGGAUUACGUGCUCCAGUCAACAACUCUAGAGAAACUGAGAAUCUAUGACAGCCCAAUUAUAGGAGCGCAAUUCGAAGCGGGAGGAAAGGGCUGGCCCAACGCCUCUCAUACCCCAAAAAUCAGGGUUCUUUACUACCCAUAGAUUAGAUGAGGAGCUCCCUAAUUAUUGGCAAGGUUUAAUACGAGAAAGAACAGCAACAAUAGAUAAAUGGCUGCAGGCGCCUCACUGACAACCUGUCUCGGUGCUCAAAUCCAUCGGAGGAGAUGUGUAUAUAUAUCAUUUAAUUAAUUAAUUAAUUAUAUUGUUUCUGACUUUGCUUUUUAUUUUUUU